AUGAGUAACAACGACUAUGUGCUGCCUUCCCGGCAAGCAUUGGACAGGUCCAGAUCGAAGCUCCUCAGCCUUCCCCAGCAAGGGCUUCGCCUGGAUCGAACAAAGCAACAUCUACAGGACGACAUAGUGCCAGGCUUGAACAGAAGUAGCCAAUCUCCCAACUUCUAUGGAUUCGUAACCGGCGGCGCCACCCCUUCUGCCACCCACGCCGACAACCUCGUCACCCUCCACGACCAAAACGUAGCGGUGCACCUGCCAACAGACACAAUCGCCACCGAAGUCGAAGAUGCCGCUCUCCGCAUGCUUCUCGAUCUCUUCCGCUUGCCUGAAGCCACCUGGAAACACCGUAUCCUCACGACCGGCGCCACGGCGUCCAACAUUCUCGGCAUGGCGUGUGGACGCGAGUACGCCAUCCAGCAGAUCGGGAAGCGGAAGGGGUUAGAGGUUAGUGUUGGCGAGGAGGGGCUGCUGGAGGCAUGUGCGAAGGCGGGUGUGGAGAAUGUGAGGAUCUUGACGACGGUGCCGCAUUCGAGUCUUGUCAAGGCGGCGAGUGUGGUUGGGCUGGGGAGAGGGAGUGUUGUCGAGGUGGGAAUGUCGCAGGGUAGGCAUCAUUUCGAUUUUCAACUGCUGGAGGAGAAGCUGCGAGAAGGUGCGGGCAAGACCGCAUUCAUCGUUGCUGUUUCUUGUGCGGAGGUCAACACUGGAUUCUUUGCUACCUCUGGCGGCGACAUGGAGAAGUUGAGAGAUCUCUGUGAUCAGUACGGUACCUGGCUGCAUGUAGACGCAGCCUUUGGUCUGCAAGCCCGGGUCCUCUCGCCUGAUGAACCAACAUACAGCGCCAUCGUCGACGGUACACGAGGCAUCGAGCUGGCGGAUUCCAUCACUGGAGAUGCCCACAAGUUGCUCAACGUCCCUUACGACUGUGGCAUCUUCCUCUCCCGCCAUCUCGCUCUCGCAACUCAAGUCUUCCAAAACGCCGGCGCGGCAUACCUCAACACCAGCGCCGCCGACAUUCCCUCGCCCCUGAACAUCGGCAUUGAAAACAGUCGUCGUUUCCGAGCCCUCCCCGUCUACGCCACGCUCACCGCCCACGGUCGUGAAGGAUAUCAAGACAUCCUCCACCGCCAAAUCGACCUCUCCCGCGCCAUCGCCAACUUCAUCUCCCAAACGUCCGGCUACGAACUCCUUCCACGCAUCCCACCAUCGUUCGACAAACCCAAAGAACAAGGCCUAAGCAGGAUCUACAUCGUCGUGCUCUUCCGCGCAAUAGACGACUCGCUGAACCGAGAGCUCGUCCAACGCAUCAACGCCACGAGAAAGAUCUUCGUCAGCGGCACGCAAUGGGACGGCCAGCCUGCUGCAAGAUUCGCCGUGUCGAACUGGCAGGUAGACGUGGAGAGGGAUUUGGAGUUGAUUAAAACCGUCUUGACAGACGUCCUAUCAGGAUCGAAAUAA